GCGGACUUAGCAUCGCUCAGUGGUGCGCCCGACAGGAGAAAGCGCUCGCAAAAUAGGGGGAGAAAGAGGAAGCAGAGAGAGAGAGAGUGAGAGGAAGAAAAAAAAACGGUUUAGAGAGAGGGAAAGAGUGAACAAUAGUCCUCCACCUUCCUUGCCGGUCUACAGGCACCUAUUCGCGGCUAUUAAAUUACACUGGAGCUUAGUUGUAAUGUGUGUCGCCUGUUGUUGUUUUUUCAAUCGCCUUUGAACUGUUACCUCUGACCCCUGCAGCCUACUGACAUGCCCCUCUCCGCUUCACACAUACCUCCCCAUCCACUCUGACCUCCCAUCUUAUUAUUCCUCACCAAAACUACCGUGCAAAUUGUUUCUGCCUCAUUUCCGACUAGCCUACUAAUCGCUAGAUAAUCACUUCGGGUGUACAGCCAAUUCUGUACGAUGUUUUGUUUACUAUUGUCGGAGCGCGAGGUAGCGCGAGGAAAGCCGCGCUGGAGCACGUACAGUGAAGUCAUGUCCGGGCCACUAGCUCCCAGUCUUACAGGUUGCCGCCGAUCGAGGCUUUAAUUUUCAUUGCAUUUAGACCGUUAGGAUACCAAAUUGUUCUUUUGUUUUUCUUUUUCUUUCAUUCCUGCUGUAUCAGGAGUUUUUGUUUCGCACUGUGGAUAAUUAGCCCAUCUUGCUGACCGUUUCACGCUAAGUACGAGCUCUUCAGCUUUCAUAUCUUCUAACCUCGGAUAGAACCACUACAGCUUCUUUUCCUAAAAAGUAGUUCUUUAAUUAGGAUAAAAAAUUCGUCUGCUAAAGAGAUUGAAUUCCUGGAAUAAUUUCUGACAGUGGAUUGUAUAUUGAAGCUGGCAACUGUACCUCUUUAGGAUUUGUUUAAUUAAGUUCUCCACAAAGAAACAAAGAUCACAGAGUUAAGUCAUCUACAGCCACAGGUCAACUACAGAAAGCUAAUGACACAAUCUCAUCGAUCCACGUCUAUCUCCAGGUAAUCGAUGCGUCUUCUAAAAUCGGCAAGGAAAGGAAUCCACAGGAGAGCCACAGAAAAGCCUCUCGUGUGAGCAAGUCUUAGAAACCAAGUUAAGCCCAACUUCAGAUCAUGUUCUUUAGCAACUCGACUCAACGCUCGUGGAAGGAGCUCCAACCACGCCUACGUAAAAAUGAAAACCUCAAGAAAGUCUCUCGACUGUUCAGAAGAGAAGAUAUUCGCUAGCCCCUGAAGCUAGAUUAAAGGAAUCUCAUUGUGGGCUUUAAAAGUUGCACUCUAUCUUUGAUUCUAUAAGGUUUCAAAAGAAUGUGUUUUAGAUAGCAUUCGAGUGUGCACUACAUUUGAUUUCAUUCAAAGUGAAGACCAACACGCUUCUGAAAUCCUGAUAAUAUUUUACAAAUUAGUUUUGUCAUUUUAUUGUCUCUACUUCGAUGAUCAUUCUUGGAUAAUUAUGGCUGUUGAGUGUUUGUGGCCACAUAAAAAUGUCAGUGUGUUGAUGUAGAGAAGAAAAAAGUCCGUACUCCUGUGGAUUUAGUUUUCAGAUCAAUCUAAAUUUGGAGUACUCAUUUCCUUCGUUUCACGUGGAUUUUCUAACCAAAUUUCCAAAAUUGUCUUCCGGGAAAAGUCAGAUUUAUUUUGUGCCGACGGCAACAGUGGUGGAGUAAUGGCUUCAGUAGCGGCGUGGUUACCCUUUGCCAGGGCGUCCGCCAUCGGUUGGGUGCCGAUAUCUGAACACCCCCUUCCUCCUCCGGCCGUGCGAGCAGAGAAUCGAAGAGGGGAUGAGAAGCUGAAGAUCAACGUGAGUGGCAGGAGGUUCGAAACUUGGCGGACGACGCUGGAGAAGUUUCCGGAUUCUUUACUUGGCUCCAAUGAGAGGGAGUUCUUUUACGACGAGGAGACGGAUGAGUACUUCUUCGAUAGAGAUCCUGACAUCUUCAGGCAUAUACUGAGCUACUACAGGACCAGCCGACUCCACUACCCGAAGCACGAGUGCAUCAGCGCUUACGAUGAGGAGUUGGCUUUCUUUGGAAUACUUCCGGACAUCAUCGGAGACUGCUGCUACGAAGAUUACCGCGACCGGAAACGCGAGAACACCGAGAGGCUGAUUGACGAUGAGAAGAGCGAGGACGGAGACUACGACCCCGCAAUCAGUCUGAGGGAGACGAUGUGGCGGGCGUUUGAGAACCCCCACAUCGGCACCGUCGCCUUGGUUUUCUACUACGUCACGGGGUUCUUCAUCGCCGUGUCCGUCAUCGCCAACGUCAUCGAGACGGUCCCUUGCGGGACGGUUCGAGGGACAAAGAAGAGCGAGUCGUGCGGGGAAAGGUUCGCGGUGGCGUUCUUCUGCUUGGACACGGCGUGCGUCAUGAUCUUCACGGCGGAGUACAUGCUCCGGCUUUACGCCGCCCCUGACCGGUGCAAGUUCAUGCGGAGCGUUAUGAGCAUCAUCGACGUGGUGGCCAUCAUCCCUUACUACAUCGGCCUGGUCAUCGCCGACAACGACGACGUCAGCGGAGCCUUCGUCACCUUGAGGGUGUUCCGAGUGUUCCGCAUCUUCAAGUUCUCCCGCCACUCUCAGGGCCUGCGCAUCCUGGGCUACACGCUCAAGUCGUGCGCCAGUGAGCUGGGCUUCCUUCUCUUCUCAUUGACCAUGGCCAUCAUCAUCUUCGCCACCAUCAUGUUUUACGCAGAAAAAAAUGUCGAGGGCACAACCUUCACCAGCAUACCGGCCGCCUUCUGGUACACCAUCGUUACCAUGACAACGCUGGGGUACGGUGACAUGACGCCAGAGACAAUCACUGGAAAGAUAGUCGGCGGUGUUUGCUCGCUCAGUGGUGUGCUGGUCAUCGCGCUUCCUGUUCCUGUUAUAGUCUCAAACUUCAGUAGGAUCUACCACCAAAACCAAAGAGCGGACAAAAGAAAAGCACAGAAGAAAGCGCGGGAAACCAGAAUCAAUAUGGCCAAGAACGCCAGCAGUGCGGGUUUCAUCAGUGCCAAGAAACGAGCCGAGGAAGCGCUGUUGGCUCGAGAGGCAGGCCUAGAGAUCGAGGAGUACAGCAAGCACGACAUCUUUGAAAUGCAGCAUCACCAUCUUCUGUCCUGUUUGGAAAGAACAACGGACAGAGAGUUCGUUGAGAUGGACAUGACAUUCAACACCUUGGGCAACAAACCAUCUUCCACACCACCGCCCUCACCUGACCCAUCCAUCGUAUCAAAGAAAGAGAAAAAGUCCAGGUGUUGUGUCAAUCGAUUUUCUAAAUCUUCCAAACAUAAAAACAGAAACAGAAAUAAAAAGAAACAUUCUCACACCAUUGACCAUGAAGAGAUGAACGACGUGAGAGUUCGCUUAUCACCUGCUUCCAAACAAGAGUCCAGAUCUAGCGACGUCAACGUCCUGGCUGUCCAAGGCUUUUCCAACACUAAUCACAGCCAAGGCGGCAGCGGACAACGGGGCAAUGGGCUGGACAAUAAGUCCAAUAGUAGUCAGGACAUUUAUGGCAACUUUCAGCCCAAUUUCUUGGGCGGCCUGAGGAACGCUUGCCCCGUGUCCGGCAGUGAGCCGAACAUGGGAUCCAGGCUAUCCUCCUCCAGCCACCAGAACAUCACCACAGCGUUGGUGUCCAGCCCGAACUCCACCGGAAGUUCACAGUCCGUGCCGGACGUAUUGACUGCUCACAGCUCACUCUUGCCUUCCACGUCCAACAAGGGAGACAUAGUCAGGAUAUCUACCUUAUAACCAUGGCAAGAGAAGUAAACUUCUGUUUAACUGAAAACAUUAAAAAACAACAACAAAUCAACGGACUUUUAUUUAAAUUUCAAGGAUUAGUUGUAGUGCACUUAUACCAUAAACCCUUCCCCAUUUGUUAACACUUCCCACGCCUACCCACCCCCACCCCCCACAUAUGUUUAGUGAGUCUAUUCCCUUAUCAGUAUUCCCUUUUACAUUUUAUGACUCACACAAAGAAAGAACAAUUUUUUGACUUAAUUCCAAUAUAUGGUGUGUCUCUUCAAAAAAUAAAGUAGUCAUAAUAAAAAAACUUCUAACAACGCAAAAAGCAAGUUAAUAAAACAAAAAUCAAAUGUGGAGUGAUUCUUAUGAAAAUACUUUUGGCUAUUUUUUUUUCUUUACUAUAGACCUAUAUUUUUUAAUAUCAGUUAAAGCAGCUAAACUUUGUACAAAGUUGGCAACAAAAGUCUGUGAACUACAACGCUAUAGCAUUAUCUACCAGGAACUGGAGUUCUUGUUUGUGAUCGUCUGGUCCUGUUGAACACUUGUACCCUAUGUUGGUGUUUCCAUGAACAAGCAACAUUGGAAAGUGAAACGGAAUGAUUCAAAGUUCAAGAUCUGCUCAUUCUCUUUGUAAAUAGCCUCCAUUUUUUUUCUCUCUUUGUUCCAAUUUUGCAUAAAACUUUUCAACAAAUCUUCCAAUUUUUUAAUUCACCAUGUAGUUUAAAAUGCAGAAAAAAAAAUUCCUUUUUUUUUUUAACGUUUUAAAAUGUCACGCGGCUGAUGUCUCUGGUGAAUGUGCUAUUUAUGAAGUAUGUGUAAAUAAUUAAGUUUUGGUUUGCAUUAAACUUUUGCAAAAAUUGAAGUGUUUAUAUUCUCUGAAAAUCAGAAACAUGAAAGGUAACCUAGUCUUUGGAUAAAAACAAUAUUUUUCACAUUUAAUGUUAUAGCUUGAAAAAUGAUUUGAAUUUGUUUUACAUCCUAAUAAGAGGAGAAAAUUAUUUUUAAUGAAAACCUAAAUUUUGAAAAAAAUAUUCAUUAUUAUAUAUUUGUAUUCAAAUGUUUAUGCCCAGUUCUGAAUAAUGGACAAGACAGUGUGUUGCUAGAAAACUAACUAGUCAAAUCAUAACACGCCGUUUGAGGAAAUGAAAUAAAAAUGGUGGGUUUGUAAAGAAAUAACAGAAGGGGAAGUAAGUAUCAGAUAUAAUAAGAAUUAUUCGUUACCAACAUGGAGAAGAUAAAUCUAAAGCUAAAAUGUCACGUCUAAAUGCGCUUGGUGGGUAAUAAAUUGGUAGACACUAUUUUUUUAUGUUUUGAAUGAUUCUGUUGACUUGAAAUCUAAGAAACUCUUGAAAUUAAUGCAAAAACAUCUAUACUGGAUCGUCCACUAAUGACGUCUACUCAAAUCGAGAGCAUGAGAAUCUUUUGAAAAUAUAAAACUCCGCAAUCCACAGUGCGGAUGUCAAGACCUGUAGCACUUUUAUAGAAGAGUAUAGAAUCAACUAUAAUAGAACUUCAGUCAAUACCUUAUCACGUUUCCUAGAUCCACUCCUUAAGAUUUAGAUACAAAUACUUUUUAAAAAAAUAACGUUUGAACUAAUAAAGGAAGAAAGAAGCUAGAAGGUAUUUGUGUGAACGCCGUAUAUGGAGAGGCCUGACAAUUUGGUCGACGUGAACUUUAUGCUGCUUCUGUACAUAGAAUGAUAUAGAAUAUAGACUGAAGCAUUUCGUUGUAGGACGUGAUUUGAAAUUAUUACCUUUGCAGAGUGAUUGGUUGUUUGUAAUUGGCGAUACAUGUAAAGAAAAACAUCAACAAAGUCAAUAUAUAAUUCGUGUGAACAACAGAUGUUAUAUUUUGUAUCCUUUUAUUUUUUUUUUAAAUUUGUAUUCCACUACUGAGUUUAUAUUUCGGUGAAGUUCACUAUUACCAACAACUGAGUUGAAAUCGGCAUUUAACGUAAAAAAUAUACCUCAUUUGCGUUCAUUACCAUUGUCAUUAUGUGGCAUUAUUCAUAGUGCAUAUGUAUUUAUUAUUGUUUAUACGAAAUAUUUUGUUGUACUGAGUAAAACUAUACCAAAUUCUAACCACACGAUUUACGAGCAAAUUAGACAGGAUCUGCAUGUGAGUGUAUUUCUUUUUGGUCAAUCAAUGAAAAGUAAUUUCUAAAUUGUAAAAAAUUUUUGGUUUUUAUAAUAUGAUUGAUUUAGGUGCAAAGUCUAUUUUUAUUUACUAUUUUCAUAAUAAUAAGUAAAUAAACAGUAUCAGAUAUCUUAGAAUGGUUUGUUUACCAUUGCCGUCUUAAACAAUAAUCUACACAUCACAACAAUCUGUUAGUAUCUGUUUGGACUAGGAAGUAAACUAUCUUCAACUCUGAAGGAACAUCCGAAACAUGUAAAACAAACAACAAACAAAAGUACUAUAAAAAUCACAAAACGUGAAACAGCAAAUAUACUAUAUCCGUUGUGAGGGUUAUAAAUAGAACGAGUUUUCUAGUAUCCACUUUCUUUCCAUGUCACUUUCUUUAGGAUCAUAAUUUCUACUAGACCGAACAUUAAAACUCAGUUCAACUUUCCUGUCGAAGCUAACAAAAAAUACAACAACAGUAUACUAUUAAAACUAGCUGCAGUGAUAUUUUUAGAACAAUGAGGUUCUUGACACCAGCUAAACAUGCCAUACUUUACACACUAUCAAACAUUUCUUUUAGAACCCUGAGACUCUUGACAUUAUUGUUUCACACUUUACACACAAUCAUUUCUUUUAGAACCCUGAGGCUCUUUACAUCUGAUGUGUCAUACUUAACACACAAUCAAUCAUUGUUUUUAGAACCCUGAGGCUCUUGACAUCUGAUGUGUCAUAGUUUAUACACAAUCAUUUCUGUUAGAACCCUUAGACUCUUUACAUCUGAUGUGUCAUAAUUUACACACUAUCAAUCAUUUCUUUUAGAACCCUGAGGCUCUUGACAUCUGAUGUGUCAUAAUUUACACACUAUCAAUCAUUUCUUUUAGAACCCUGAGACUCUUUACAUCUAAUGUGUCAUACUUUACACACAAUCAAUCAUUUCUUUUAGAACCCUGAGACUCUUUACAUAUGAUGUGUCAUAAUUUACAUACAAUCAAUCAUUUUUUUAGAACCCUCAGGCUCUUGACAUCUGAUGUGUCAUACUUUACACACAAUCAAUCAUUUCUUUUAGAACCCUGAGGCUCUUUACAUCUAAUGUGUCAUACUUUGCACACUAUCAAUCAUUUCUUUUAGAACCCUGAGACUCUUUACAUCUGAUGUGUCAUACUUUACACACUAUCAAUCCUUUCAUUUAGAACCCUGAGGAUCUUGACGUCUGAUGUGUCAUGCUUUACACACAAUCAAUCAUUUCUUUUAGAACCCUGAGGCUCUUGACAUCUGAUGUGUCAUACUUUACAUACAAUCAAUCAUUUCUUUUAGAACCCUGAGGCUCUUGACAUCUGAUUUGUCAUGCUUUACACACAAUCAAUCAUUUCUUUUAGAACCCUGAGGCUCUUGACAUCUGAUGUGUCAUACUUUACAUACAAUCAAUCAUUUCUGUUAGAACCCUGAGACUCUUUAUAUCUGAUGUGUCAUACUUUACACACAAUCCAUCAUUUCUUUUAGAACCCUGAGGCUCUUGACAACAGAUUGUUACACUUUAUACACUUUCAAUCAUUUUUUUCUAUUUAUCACCAAUGACAAAAGUGCAACGAUAUUGACACCAUCCUUAUCCUAUGUCCCCAUCUAUAUUGUGAUAUUUGACUGCAAAUAUGUAAAUAGUUAUUAACCAAUUUUUUAACUGUCACGUAAACUGUUGGUGAAGGUAAUGAUGUUGCAAUGAUGAUUCAGGUGACGAUCCUAUGUAAAAGAAUUGCAAUUGCCUGUUUUAACAUUCUUAAUUCCUCGUAUGUAUUCUUGUUAUGACGUAAGUAACUUCAAUACCACUGCAUUUAUUUGUUUUUCUUCUCUCCCUUUUGUUGUAUUUGUCUCUAUUUAUUGUACAUAUGUAAUAACAUGCAUAAUUCAAAUUGUAAUGUCAUUAGGAUUAUCUUUUUGUUAGCCCAACUGGAGCUUGCUUGUACCACACGAUAGAUGAAAGUCUACUGUGGGACUCACCAUUUCUUAUUAUCUAUUGUUUUUCUUUUUUUUAGGUAACUUUCUUUUAUAAUCCUUCCUCUUUGCACAUAAUAUGAUUAUAUGAUUAACUAUCAAUGAUUAUUUAGAACAGAGUUAUGUAGCCACGAGAAGAAACGCUUAACAAGAUGAGCCGUAGACAACCUACGACUGAGGGCUGCCUACAUAAACUCGUAUGGUGUAGUUUAAACAAUGGAUGAAUAACUUAUACCAUUGGUAUUGAUUGACACAUGAAAUGCGUAGGACGUAGUUAUCUUCUGUUUUGAAGUAACGUCUGUAAUAUAUAAGAUUAGUAAAGCUAGAGCUGUCCUACAAAAAAAAAAAAAAAACUCAGUACGUUUUGAUUCGUUUCUUUUUUUUUCUUACGAGUACUGUUUUUAUAGUUGCACACAUUUUGUCUCCUGUUUUUUUAACUCCUUAUUCAUUUUUGUAAUGGGAUGGUUCACAUUUGGUGUGUGUGUUUGUGUUUAGGAAAAUGAUACUUCGUUAAGUAGAAAAGAGUAAGACAACCAUAGACACAGAUAUACAUAGACUGGCCAACGAGAACAUUGUAUUUCUUCAUUUUAAUACGUUCAAUCAAUAAGUAAAACACUAUGAACUUUUAUAAAGAUUCUGUGAAUUCGCUCUCCAACAAAAAAAUAAUAAAAAAACUUGUGAUCUUCAGUUUUUAGAAACUAAAUAGACCUAUAUCACAAUGGACCUCAUUCACCAAUCGUAAACUAACAACAUUUAGCCACGUGAUCCUCUAUCUCUUCUAUACAAAUUACGUAAUACACAAUGGCUACCACGUGACAGUUUUUUUUCCGUUGUUUUGUCAAUAUUAUCAUGUGGCUAAAUGAUGUUUGUUUACGAUUGGUGAAUGAGGUCCAUUCCAUAUUCCUAAUCCUUGCGUCAAAAAGAAAGAACUCUAUAGUCCUUGCAAACCAUGAAAUAAUAUGGCUAAUAUCUCGACAUCAAUCCUAAUUGUUUAAUCUGGAUUGAAAUCCUAUUGGUCAUUUUCACGAUAAACUGGACAACGUCCAGCGCGCUAAAUUAGACUUCAAUAGUGCCAACUAAAUGAAAAAGAGUGAAGCUUUAAAUGUAACAAUAUCUCAAUUCGUGGCAGCUGACCUACGUAGCAAAUCUACUUUAUUACCGCUAGAUAGUUGCCCAUUUGUUUUUAAAUAAGUUGUAAGUCAUAAAGUCCAGUGCUUCUACCAUAUGGAUUUGUGUGUGUGUGUGCAACAAACCGAAGAGCUUAGAAAAUUUGUUUCUGCUGUGCUAAAUAGUAUUUUUUUUAAAAUGAUCACGUGACUUUGAAAAAAAGCCUAGCUUGUCAGCACGUCCUUAGAUUGGACACCGGUUACACCAAAAGUUAGCUAUUUUUAGCUUUUUCGCCAUGUAAAAAAAAAAUCUCAAAUAGAAAAAUGAUCAAAGUGUGCGCUCACGUUCAUUGGUUUCGAAUCAAAUACUACAAAGAUCAAGGGAUAUAUAUUUUUUUUUUUAUGUUAGUACUUUUUUAACACUAGAAUAGAGUCUAGAUAUCGAUCUUGAUGUGUAAUUAUUGUAACAGCUUAAUUUAUUUAUGUAGUCUAUAUCGGAAACAUAUUUUUCCAAAGUGUCGAAGAUGUUCCAUUGCUAGCAUUAGACUUAACCAAUCUAUAUUUUGGUCUGUGCGUAUAGUGUCUCAUGCACAGUAGUAGUAUAAAGCAUUAGAUCCAAUGACUUUGAGAAAGCCUAAGUUUUGUCAAUGGCUCACCAAACUCGUCUAAGAUCAAGACUUGCCAAACAAGAAAUGUGUGUGUGUGCUUUUAUUUCUCUUUUGUUUUACAGUUAUAACAGUGCAUCAGACUUUUAGAGAUUUUUCAACAAAUUAUUCCUGGAACAUGAAUGAUGUAUUUGUUCGCCUUCUAUUUGAUAUGCUACCAUGUUUUUUGUUUUGUUGUAUUUAAAAAGAUUAAAAAGCAUAAUAUUCAUAAACAUGUCAAGAAUGCACUGAAUUAAAUUAUGUUAACAUCUUUUUUUAUAUAAAUUUUAAUGUUUUGUUAAUUACAUUUUAUUUUUAUAUAUUUUUUUAUGUUUAUGAAUUAACAAAUUUAAUUGGAUUUAGGGCUUAUUAUUUGUUUAAGUCAAAGCAUCUCGCAGAUCUUAUUUAUUUGAAAAACUAGAACGACUCUCAGUGUACAUUAUGGCUUUAUCAAGGCCAUUGUCAAUAAUCUGCUCAAAUCUAGUUUUUGGGUCUAUAAAAAUGGCUGGUUUUUUUGGGUAUGCUUUGAUUAGUUUAGAUAGUUUGUGAGAUGAUCCGAAGUCACACAAUCACAUAUUGUAAUACUAUGCUGUAGCACAGAAAUGUACGUAGCACCUGAUAAGAUUAGAUGUAAAAUCUUAAGUGUUAAAAAAAGCUUUUCCUUAAAUGCAUAAAUGAUAUAUAAGAAUCGAUUAAAUAUUUGUUGUCGUUUUUUUUUGUAUCCCUAUAUUUUAAAAUAUAUCAACACACUCUCUGUUCUAACGUUUACUAUAUGUAUAUAUUGUUCACUUUAUUUUUUUUUUUCAAGUGUAUCACCAUUUGACUUUUAUAACUAUUUGCAUUUUUUAAAAUUGGUUUCUGGGUUAAGAAAAUCACUGUAGGAGAUAAACUUCAUUCAUUCAUAUGUGAGCUCAGAGAAUUCCUGAUUCAUGAAGCGACUGAGUGAGCGACUUGAUUGCGGUCUUUAGUUACACCAUCCAUUAGUACUCUCAUUAUUAUCACUAUCAUGUUUUUUUUUAACUAUUUUAAUACUAAUUUUAAGAUUUAUUUAGCAUUUACUAAUAUUAUAAGUUGUGUUAAGGAAUGUGGAUGCAUUUUAAUGAGACUUUUCAAAUAACUAUUGGUGAGUUUUAUUACUUUUUAUUUUUGUUACAUGAGUUGUUUUUUUUUUGUUGGGUUUCUCCCCUAAUCCCACUUCCCCCGGACACCUGAAUUCCCCGACGGCCCUGGUCCAUGUUUGUAGAGUCCAACGUUUCUGGUAUGAGGCGGUCCUUUGUGUUCCAACAGCUGAGAAUUCUGUGACAAAGUUACCAUUGAAAUAAACAUCUUUUUACACAA